GGCAACUUCCAAAACAAAUCAACGAUGAAAAUAGACUGAGAAAGAAUUAUGGAGCGAUUUAAUAUCUAUUCAUAGGUCAGCUAUCGCAAACAAUCUUAGGUAUUAUAUUUGAUAGGUAAAUGGACAGCACAGAAUCUUCAACAAUGGAUAACGAUUUACACGACCUUAUUGAAGAAUCAGAGCAUGAAAGUGAUGGAGAAGGGAAUCUAAGUCGAAGUUUUAAAGGAACAAGUCAAGCUGUGAAUGCUGUUACAAAAUUACACAAACGCAAAAAACAUAAACACAAGAAAAAAGACAAAGGUCCAAAAAUGACCCCCUUUGAACGGAGAUACUCAACAUUAGCAAUUAAAAAUGAACUUAUUCCUGAGCGCAAACGAAUUGAUUUUGUUUUGAUUCAUCCAAAUACAAAUCCAUCGGUUGAAAAAGGAAAAACAAAACCAAAAACAUUGCAGCAUAUACAAAAUAGAGAAUUAUUUGAAGACAAUUUGCGUGACGAGGGUUUCUCGAUUCAAGAAACGGAAAUUGGUAAUUUAAUAUACAAGAAAUUACAUUGCCCCUUUAAAAGACUUUGUGUAGAAGCUGAGAGAGUAAAGUUAGAAAUGCCUUUAAAAGAUUGUGAUAUUCCGGACACAGAUAAUUAUGGUUGUAUAGGAAGAUUUAUUGAAAGACAUUUUGACACCGACAACGAAGUUGAUUAUGUGAGCUCUCAGUUCUACAUGGAUAGUAUUGAUAUGUACCAACAUCAUACAGAUCCAUCAAAUUUCUUUCGGCCAGCUUUAAGAUCUGCUCUGGUUUAUCAUAUUUUGAUUAAUAUGGAUAUUCGAACUGAAACAGAGAAGUUAGAAGGAUCAAAUCCAGAUGAAGAUGACCCACAAUCAAAGUUUGAUACAGUGAUGAAUUAUUUAUCUCCACAAGAAUCACAAAAUGCAGCCACAGAAUCCUCUAAUAGAAAAGUUCUCAAGAAAAAGGGUUUACUAUAUUUAUUGAUGAAAAAAAGCUACACGGAUUGUAUGAUUCUUCAUGAAAACUCUCAGAGUCGUAAAAAGCUGGAGGAAGGUAUUGAUGAACAUUUUGAUGUGAGCGAUGACGAUGGCUCGCAGGUUUCGGUCAAAAUUGAUGAAGAUCCACGAAAAGACUUGGAUGAGACAUGGACGAAAUUCUUCAAAUUUCAACCGUUAUGGAAAAUACGAAAUUAUUUUGGUGAACAAAUUGCGUUUUAUUUUGCGUGGUCAGGGAUGUUAAUAAUGUCUUUAUGGUUGCCAUCACUACUUGGUAUUGGUAUCUUCAUAUACGGAUUAGUUGUAAGUGCCAGUAAAGAAAGUAGUGAUACAGAUCAGUCAGAUAAUGUUACCAGUUCAACUAUUGAUAAUAUCAAGAAUACUGUUGUUGGUGUGUUGGAUUUAGUUAAAGAAUCAUUUGAUAAUGAUGCCACUCCAUUCUUUGGUCUCAUCAUAUGUUUAUGGGGAACUAUUUUUCUAGAGGCCUGGAAGAGAAAGACGGCCACUUUGGCUUAUGAAUGGGAUGUCGAAGAUUUUGAAUCAAAAGAACCAGACAGACCUCAGUUUUAUGGAACAAAAGUCAAACCAGAUCCAGUAACACAGGAACAAAUGCAGUUUUAUCCAUUUAAGAGACAAUUUUUAAAAAUAACUGCUUCAAGCUCAGUGCUGCUUUUUAUGAUGUUAUUGGUUGUUAUUAGUGUUACAUCUGUUAUUAUAUAUCGUGUAAUUGUUAACGUGGAUUAUUGUCCAAAUAUAUCUAGUACAGAAUGUCUACUGCUAACUACAGUCAUCUCUUCCAUAUUCAACGCUGUCUCAAUCCUCAUACUUGGCAAGGUCUAUGAUAAACUGGCUGUUUUUCUCACAGAAUGGGAAAAUCACCGAACACAGACAAGUUAUGAUGAUUCUCUGAUAAUCAAACUAUUUGCCUUUCAAUUUGUUAAUAGCUAUGCAUCUUGUUUCUAUAUAGCUUUCUUCCGAGGUAGAUUUGACAGUGUAUUGGUGGAAGGGGAUCAAUAUAAAGAUUUUUGUUCAGGAACUUGUAUGUCUCAACUCUCUUUCCAAGUUCUAGUCCUUAUGCUUAUGAAACCAUUUCCAAAACUACUUAAAGAUAUUAUCCUACCAUUUGUACGACGUAUGUUUACCAAGUUCUUUCCGUCAUGUAAUGGAUGUGGAUGUUGUCCAUGUUGUGGUAAAAAUAAAGUCGACGAAGGCCCGAAGGUAACAUUAGGAAAUGGUAGAGUACCACAUACAGAAUUUCUUGAAAGAGAACGUAAAAAACCUGGACUUGGAGAUUUUACAUUAGGAGAAUAUACUGAAAAAGUCAUACAAUAUGGGUUUUUAAUGUUAUUUGCAGUGUCUUUUCCAUUGGCUCCUAUACUGGCCUUGGUGACAAAUUUAGUUGAUAUUAGAGUCGAUGCUAAAAGAAUGCUGUGGUGGUACAGACGUCCAAUCGCUUUCAUAGCUCAAGAUAUUGGAAUGUGGUAUGAUAUCUUGUAUUUUGUAAAUAUCAUUGGUGUUUUAACAAAUGCAUUUUUAAUUGCGUUUACCUCAAAUUGGGGUGGUAAAUAUACGAUGGAGGAAAAACUGUGGAUUGUUAUAGGAUUUGAGCAUAUUGUAUUUGCGUUGAAGUAUGUAUUAGCAGCCAUGAUACCUGAUGUACCAACAGACGUGAAAUUGGCAAUACGAAGGGAAAAAUACCAGAUAUCCAAGAAAUUAGAAGAAAGUAAAAGCACUAAAAUGAAUUAUACCCAGUUAUAUCCCGGUUCUAGUUCAGUGUGUGAAACAACUAGUCCACAAGAUGCUAACUUUAUGUCUGGAUCAGCACCAGGUACUCCCAUGAAACAUUCUACAGGAACACAGGAAGUAAAUGAGAGUUAUCAGCCCACAGAUCCUUUAAAAGAACCAUGGUAUACUAUUGAUAAUUCUCUUCCUGUGAGUAAUGAAAUACGUAGUGUGUCAUCUAUAGAUACUCAUGGUGGUCGACAAUUGAAUCAACAAACUUUACACAACAAACAAAUCAACUCAUCAUCUGGUGAUCAUGAAUUCACUCAUCCACCACCCAAUCCUCAUUUACCUGUUCAUAUUGAUGAUAAUAGGUACAAUAAUCAGUCACAUGUAUGAUGGUGGUCAGACAAGGUGGUAGUCAAUGGCAUGGUUGUUUAUCCGUGUAGGAAUCUUUCCACCAACAACAGAAGUAUUCAGUGCUACAAGAGCCACUACACCACCGGUUGUAGGGGAACUCCCUAUUAUACCCGCAACAAUGAUAAAACAUGUUACAGAGCUCCCUGUUACACCCCCAACAAUGAUAAAACAUAUUACAGAAUAUUUUAAUUCCGAUACAUCUAUAUAUAUAUAGAUUCACCAACACCAAAUGUCUGGAUUUUGGAUUCUCAGACGCCAAACAUUAAUGUCUAUUGGACAUUAACAGAUAUUUAAAUUAACUUCGAAAACUUCAGAUAUCUUAUUGAUGAUAAACUCUUUUUAUUUAAAAAAGAUCAGAGUUCUUAGCCUGUAAAAUUAGAAAUCUAUAAGUGGCGAGUAGCCAUCCCAGAUGUCUCUCAUGAAGCGACUAGUUUCGUUCAGUUCGAACUCAUCUGUUUAUAUAGUCGUCAGGGACUAUAUGUUCAAGUUCUAGAUAAAUAUGAAACUUCCUGUUAAUAACGAAUAAAUUCUAGAAAUUUGAUAAUUAAUAAGAUUGCAAUUUGUGUAUCUGAAAUAGUAUCCAUGAUUAACCCAUUAUGGUUUAUAGUCGGAUAUUUAUUUAAUGACAGACUGAAAUGUUCCUCGUUCAUGUGUAAUUAAGAUAAAUAUUUGUGGCCUGUCUCGGCCUUGGCAGUUUCAAUUCUAUUUACUUAAGUUAUGUUUUCAGUGGUUGUCAAUCUAAGAUGUUUAUAGAAUCACAUGACAGGAAAUUGUUUAUAGAAUCACAUGACAGGAACUUGUUUAUAGAAUCACAUGACAGGAACUUGUUUAUAGAAUCACAUGACAGGAACUUGUUUAUUGAAUCACAUGACAGGAACUUGUUUAUAGAAUCACAUGACAGGAACUUGUUUAUAGAAUCACAUGACAGGAACUUGUUUAUAGAAUCACAUGACAGGAAUCACAUGACUGGAACUUGUUUAUAGAAUCACAUGACAGGAACUUCUUUUGUAAAAGUUUAUCAUUUCAUCUAAAAAAUCGAUGUAUCAACUAUACACAUACUAAAUUUUGUUUAUUAUUGUUUAUUAUUAUGUAAUAAAUUGUAUCUUUGUGCAAAUGCUCUUGAAAAUACAUUUUGUCAUAUAAGUUAUUUAAUCUUUUUGUAGACAUACAUACAUAAUUUAGCAAAUCUACAUAAUUUUGUAAUAGUUAUAGUGAUAUAUAGAUUUUGCACAGUUGCGUGCAUGCCUUUAUUCCUCAUAUUCCUACAUGGCUUUUUGGCCAGGAUAGUUUUUGAUUAAAUAAAUUUACUCAAGGGAAUGAGAUGCUGUGUGAUAACAUUUUGUUUUGUGUUCUAAUUAAUAUACAUUAAAACAUAUCAUCGUUGGUCAUUAUGUAAUUUAACAGAUCUCUAAUAAUCAAAACAUAAGAUUCAGGUAGAAAUAAUUUAUUUGUGAUAUUUUUAUCUCGAAAUAUUCUCAAUAUUAUAUUAUUUCACUUUUAUAUUGCUUUUACGAAUCUCUUUUAAUGGGGCAUAUAGUUUAAUUGUUAUUAUUAUAUCUAUUUGUAUUGUUAGAAAUUGUUUAAAAGUUUUAAACUAUUUGUAAAUAUCCCUCAAAUAAAAUAUAACACUUCUGGCCGCCGGGUUCACAAAACAUUCUCAGACUCAAGUUAAGAAUUUACUCAAGACUGUUUGCAUUAUUUUAACUAAACCAAAGCCCUUUAUAAAACUUUUAUUGUUUUAAUGUAUCAAAUACAACAAUAAGAAACUAUGUGCAAAGUUUUAUGUUUCUGGAUCAAAGAUAUUUCUCAUAAACAGUGAUUGGAAGUUGAGUAAAUUCUUACCUUAAGUCUGAGAAUGCUUUGUGAACUCGGGGACUGAAUUUUAAUAACAUGUUAUGUAUCCAUAAAUAAAAUUAUUCUAAGAAAACAUGCCACCCUGGCAACUGGUAUCCACAUAACAAAACUAACACAGUUGUAUGGAUGGGACAACAAUCACUGUUGUCCCAUAUAACUGUGUUAGUUCUGUAAUGUUUCCAAUCGCUAAAUGCCACUAAAGGAUUGUGUUAUCCACAUUGUUGUCAAAAAAUUGAUAGAUCUUUAUUCACACAUGUACAACGAUAAUGUCCCAUGUUAUUUUUAUUAAUACACAUUCAUUGGAUGGUUUAUAUCAUUCAAAAACUUGAGUACAUACCCUGGCACAGUGCACAAAUAAGAUGAGUAGUAUUAGCGACCUCGAGUGAGAGAAAUUGGGUUUAAUGUCCACUCAAUACAAACUUGGUCAUUUUGGGACUAACAUAUGGUCUAACACUAUUUCAUUAAUUCACUUGCACAUAGGUGUCUUUAGCAGUGGGAGGACCCUACUCCUUGUCAAGUACAAGUGGGGAAUCGAAACCAUGCCACUUGACUCAAUGAUAGACCUUAUGAUGCAACACGCACUCAUUAACCAUUCAGCCACCCAACCUACAUCAGUGGCCUUGUAUCAAGAUGUCCCGAAUUCAAUUCCUGGUGAAUGUCUAGUUGUUUUGAUGAGACAUGUGCACAGGGGUAUUGUGCAUAGUCAAUUGGAUGGAAGAAAUGAAAAGGGCUCCGUGUAACGAUAAGAGUUAUGCCCCUUUAUUUUCGGUAAAAUGUCCGACAAGAAAAUAUUUUAAAUCCCAUCACUGGUGUGCAUACACAUAUUAUAUAAGAUCCAUUUAAUAUAAGGUAAUUAUAUAUGAUUUAUUGUAAAUAUACAUAUUAUAAAAUAUCCCUUUGUAAAUAUAUUUUAUUUCAUCAAUCUUUUAGGGCAGCAAAUUUUUAUGUCUAUUUAUUUUUUAUUGUCUCGACAUUUUACUUUUAUUCUAUUCAAAAUGUCAACAUAAUACAGGAUUAGAUUAAUCUAGCUCUUUCAGUGAACUGGAUGUUUGUGCAAAAAAUUUUAUGGUAAUCAAGAUUUGUAGGAUGAAGAUCGGUGCCAAUUAAAAUAUCCAAAUCUCUUUUUCAUAGUUUUAUUCUUAUUCCAACUUUUAAUUGUAUUUCCUUAUUUUAAACAAAGAUUACAGUAACUAAUUCCGUCCAACUUUAUUAUAUUGAUAUGUUUAAAUGAUUUUUUGUUAAUAUUCAUAUUGGAAUAAUAAUUUUAGAUGAAUUAUUGGUCAUACAAGUUUUAUAUUGUCUUUAUUAUAUUGAGGGAGAUAAGUUAUAAUUUUAUUAUAUUGAGGGAGAUAAGUUAUAAUUUUAUUAUAUUGAGGGAGAUAUAAGUUGUGAUUAUAUUAUUUAAUACGUAUUUAUCAUCUGUGAUAUAUUGGUGAUACUGUUGUGAUUAUAUAUAUGUUUUAUAAUUUUAUUUAUUUAUUUAUUAUUAUUUCUCUGUCCCUGAUUGUGUCAAGUUAUCCAAGGGCCAAAUAACGAGAAUUACCAAUCACGAUUCGAGAGAUAACUUGAUCCUACGUUUAUCCCUGGUAAAAAUCGGCAGUAUUUCAUUCUAACUAAUCCUGCCAAUCAGUAGCCAUAGAGGGCGGGGCUAAACAACCGAAUUCACGCUGAUUAAUGGCCGGCGAGUUUUACCAGAUAUAAACAAAGGGUAAAGUUAUCUCUUGGUCUGAGAUUGGAGAAUUACCCGUAUCUAAUUUAUUUUGAAUGCCUUAUAGAAAUAAUUAUGUCCUUUAUUUCCACCAAGUCAAAUAAUGAAAUUUUUUUAUGGAUUUAUUUCAGUAGAUUUCUUUAUUAUAGCCUUAGUUUUGAUGAUUGAUUUUGUUAAUUAUAUUAUAAUUAUUUAAUAAUUAAUUGAUUGUUUUUUUUUUGUUUGUAAUUAAAAGUAAUAAUACUCAAGGGAUAUUAUAAUAUAUAAAUAUUAGCUUAGUUUUAAUUUCCUCAACAACAUUCCUUUAAUGUUUAAACUCGACUUUCAGAUCUCACAUUUACAUUCAAGUCAAUUUACGCAGAAAAAAUAUGAAUGAUAAUAUUUAUCAAAUUAUGUCAAUUUACAUGAUCAACUCGUGGUAAUUAUAUUUAAAAAUCUGUAAAAUUGGUAAGUAAUUGUUUACCUAUUUUACUAAAUUUACAUAUGCCAGAAUUGUUGCAUGAGUACUUAACUAAAUUCGUUAUAUACCUCAAUGAAUAUCGGUCAUAAUGGCCGUAAAUUGUCUCAUUUUGUAUUUACACAAUCAAACAUUCUAUAACAUUGAAACUUCACAAAAUAAAUUCGGCAAUUCAUUCACACUGGAGCAGUUUUCAUUACAGUAGUGAAUGUUCCAUAGAAAAUGUUAGUUUAAAUUUGGUAGGAAAAAAAGUUUUGCAAUUCAGUCACAUUAGGACAAUUUUCAUUAUAGUAGUGAAUAUUCCAUAGAAAAUAUAUUAGUUUAAAUUUGGUAGCAAAAAAAACAGUUUUCGUUAUGAUAGUGAAUGUUUUAUAGAAAAUAUGUUAUUGUAAAUUUGGUGGGUAUGUUGUCCCGAGAACCUUUUCUAAUAUAGCUGUGUAUUUGUAAUCUUUAUACGGCAUUUAGUAACUGAACGUAUGAUAUAAAACACAAAUUUAUAUGGAAAACAAUCACUGGGUUUAUUACACACUACUUUCAACAAGUUCCUCUUGUCAUUCUCAAGUAAGUAACAUAGUGUGAAAUAAACCUAGUGAUUGUUUUCCAUAUAAAUUUGUGUUUUCUAUCAUAUGUAGUUGUAUGUAUAUGUGUACAAGUAGCAUGGCUGUAGCUAUAGUUGUCACAUGAACUUUUUCCAAUAUAGUUGAGUAUUUGUAUGUAUACAAGUAGCAUGGUUGUAUCUAUGUUGUCAGGUGAACUCUUUCUAAUAUAGUUGAGUAUUUGUAUGUGUACAAGUAGCUGUUUAUAUUAUUGUGCCUUAUUUUCUUACCUUGUAAUAUACCCAUGACAGUCUCUUUAUAUAAUAAACUAUUAAAUAUACCUUCUAAUAUACCCAUGACAGUCUCUUUAUAUAAUAAACUAUUUAAUAUACCUGUU